AUGAAUCGUGAUUCAUCGAACAAGGACUCGGAUAAAGCUGUUUUAACUGGUUCGACAAGUGGUCAGUCGAGCAGCGACUUUCGAUCAACAGACGCAAAGUCUGCAUAUCCUGGACAAGUAUUACCUGAGGCGAACGAUUCUAGUGCAACUAGUGGUAAUUCUGGUACUCAAGGUCAAACAGGAACUAGUACCAAUAAGACUACACCGGGACAAGCUGGUGAAGGAAUUCCUGAUCGUUACAAAAAGUAG